UUUGGUCCCCAUGAUUGAGAUCGAACUUUUUGCAGUUGAUUCUUGAUAGGGGCAUGACCAAACUUGAUAUCCUAUAAUUAAUUAUUGUGUUUAUCUUCUAAUAAUGUUUCCCACGUUUCACAAACUAUAAAUUGAUUGCCAUUGAAGGUUAAAAUUGUUCUUUAUCUUUAUUGCAGACCAGGGUUACAGAAACUGUUGCUACUUGAAACUGGGAUCCUAGUUAGUGAGAAUCACAUUGAAAGGGAUAGAAUGGCAAGAGCAAGAAGAUCAAUCCCCAUCUUUUUUGUGGGAAUUCUGCUUUGCUUUUGCUUGGCAGCCUCAGGAAAGGCAGAACAUGUGAAGUAUAAGGAUCCAAAGCAGCCAUUGAACGUUCGAAUCAAGGACCUGCUUGGAAGGAUGACAUUAGAGGAAAAAAUUGGACAGAUGGUCCAGAUUGAUCGGGCUGUUGCUUCAGCCGAGGUGAUGAAAAAGUAUUUCAUUGGUAGUGUAUUGAGUGGAGGAGGGAGUGUCCCAGCUCCAAAAGCUUCAGCAAAGACUUGGCUCAACAUGGUCAAUGAAUUUCAGAAGGGUUCAUUAUCUACCCGAUUAGGAAUUCCAAUGAUUUAUGGGAUUGAUGCUGUUCAUGGACACAACAAUGUCUACAAGGCAACCAUUUUCCCUCACAACAUUGGUCUAGGUGCUACCAGGGACCCUGCACUAGUUAAGAAGAUUGGAGCUGCAACAGCACUUGAAGUCAGAGCUACAGGCAUUCCAUAUGCUUUUGCACCUUGUAUAGCGGUAUGUAGAGAUCCAAGAUGGGGUCGAUGCUAUGAAAGUUACAGUGAAGAUCACAAGAUUGUUCAAGCAAUGACUGAGAUUAUAUCAGGAUUGCAAGGAGACAUCCCUUCUAACUCUCUCAAGGGUUUUCCAUUUGUUGCUGGAAAGAAACAUGUUGCAGCUUGUGCUAAGCACUAUGUAGGUGAUGGUGGAACAACCAGGGGAAUCAAUGAGAACAAUACGGUGAUAGACAGGAACGAUUUGCUUAGCAUUCAUAUGCCAGCCUACCAUAAUUCAAUUAUCAAAGGUGUUUCAACCGUCAUGACUUCCUAUUCAAGCUGGAAUGGAGUUAAGAAUCAUGCUAAUCAUGAGAUGGUCACCAACUUUCUUAAGAAAACACUUCGUUUCAGGGGCUUUGUCAUCUCGGAUUGGGAGGGUAUUGACAGGAUUACAUCUCCACCUCAUGCUAACUAUACAUAUUCUAUUCAAGCUUCAAUCAAUGCCGGCCUUGACAUGAUUAUGGUUCCAAACAACUAUACAGAGUUCAUUGAUGGACUGACCUACCUGGUGAAAAAUAAAUUCAUCCCCAUGAGCCGCAUUGAUGAUGCAGUGAAGAGGAUUUUGCGUGUUAAGUUUGUGAUGGGUCUGUUUGAGGACCCGCUAGCAGAUGACAGCUUGGUUGACCAACUUGGAAGUCAGGAACAUCGAGAGUUGGCUAGGGAAGCAGUGAGAAAAUCACUUGUGCUGCUAAAGAAUGGAAACUCUGCCGAUGCUCCAUUACUUCCCUUACCUAAGAAGGCCCCGAAGAUACUAGUAGCUGGUAGCCAUGCAAACAAUCUGGGUUACCAAUGUGGUGGAUGGACAAUUGAGUGGCAGGGACUAGGUGGCAAUAACAUCACAGAUGGUACUACAAUCCUCACUGCUAUCAAGAAAACAGUUGAUCCAAAAACAAAAGUUGUAUACAAGGAGAAACCUGAUGCUGAAUUUGUCAAGUCCAACGAUUUCUCAUAUGCCAUUGUUGUAGUAGGGGAGUAUCCAUAUGCAGAGACAAAUGGAGACAGCUUAAAUUUGACAAUUCCAGAGCCUGGUCCAAGCACAAUUGGAAAUGUUUGUGGGGCUGUGAAAUGUGUUGUUGUCAUAGUAUCCGGUCGUCCUGUUGUGAUCCAACCUUAUGUUCGCUACAUCGAUGCUAUUGUCGCUGCUUGGCUGCCGGGAAGUGAGGGUCAAGGUGUUGCUGAUGUCCUGUUUGGUGAUUAUGGUUUUACUGGCAAGCUUUCAUUCACUUGGUUCAAGACUGUUGAUCAGUUGCCAAUGAAUGUUGGAGAUUCACAUUAUGAUCCCCUCUUCCCAUUUGGGUUCGGCCUGACCACUAAACCAACCAAAGCUUAGUAGGCAAUCUUUUGCAUAGUAUUUCUACUCUCAAGUUGUUUGAAGUCAUUAUCAAUUACAUUUAGCACCUUAUUAAAAAAAUUUACAUUUGUCACAACUACAAAUGAUAUUUGUUAUAAA